AAACACGCCUUGAACUGCCACAGGAUGAAACCUGCUCUUUUCAGCGUGCUCUGCGAGAUCAAGGAGAAGACAGUGUUAAGUAUUCGUGGUAUUCAGGAAGAAGACCCCCCAGAUGCUCAGCUAAUGAGACUAGAUAACAUGUUGCUGGCAGAGGGUGUCUCCGGGCCAGAGAAAAGAGGAAGAGGAGGACCGAUGGCUGUAGCAGCAACAUCAGGUGGCUGUCCAAAUGACAAUAGCAUUGAACACUCUGACUACAGGGCCAAGCUGUCACAGAUCCGACAGAUUUACCACUCUGAGCUAGAGAAAUAUGAACAGGCCUGCAGCGAGUUCACCACCCACGUCAUGAACCUGCUUCGGGAGCAGAGCAGGACGAGGCCCAUUUCACCCAAGGAGAUCGAGCGGAUGGUCAACAUCAUCCACGGCAAGUUCAGCACCAUCCAGAUGCAGCUGAAGCAGAGCACCUGCGAGGCGGUGAUGAUCCUGCGCUCCCGCUUCCUCGACGCCAGGUAA